UUUCCCUUAACCGCACAUUAGCGGCAGUGCCAGCGCGAAAAGAGCGGGAAAAAUUGAAACAUAUCAAACCACAUAAAAAUAAUGAACUAGCGGGAAAAACUCGCAAAACGGUUCGCUUUCCCACUUUUCUCUCUCUGGUGGCACGCGCUGCUGCAGGUCCACACGGAUUUUAUUUAGUAGAACACACCCCGACUCAGAGCUGGUUAGACUAGACUAGACGCGCAGAUGACCGGAAUCGCGUGUAGCCAGCCAGCCAGCCAACAGCUGAGUCACACGAACCGUCAGUCUUAACCCGGCGCUGCUGAAGGCAACAGCCUCCUCGUCCUAGUCCCAGUCUGUGUUUAUUCGAGGAAAAAGUGUCGUUUGUGAAAAUCCGUUGCUUGAAUUUCCCCCCAAGAAGUGCUCGAAGAUGAUCGUUCAAACUCGAUCGAUGCUUUGGCUAGCGGUUUUGCUGUUGCUGUCGGUGUCGCCAUCUUGGAGCGAGCUCCGAAAGACCUUUCACAGCAAAAUAAGCGGUUCGAGCAGUUCGAGCAGAUUUCUGUUUCACCACUUCCACGAUCGAGGACACGAUCAUCACCACCAGACGCACAAGAAACAGUUGGAGGUGACCACAUUGGGUGAGGUUGAGAACGAAAUUACCACGUUGGAACCAUCGACAGACUCUCCGUCCGAGCCACUUCCGGCUUACGAAAAGUCCCUGCCAUUGCGAGUGCUCAACUGUAUGGCCAAGGUAUCCCUAGUGGAGUGCAGCAAGCUGUACCUGCUCCAAAACAUGGAGUCCCGCAAGUAUGACUUCCACACCAGCGGAAACAUCACCUACGACGUUCAGCAGAUCCUGCUACCCUCGUACCAACAGCCAGACAACAAGCUCUUCGAGGAUCGUCUGCUGAAGCUCAACUCUUCCGAGGUCGAUCGACGGAUCAACGUUGGUCUCGCCCUUCUCUUCAACGAACGUCAUUUCGACCUCAAGUUCUUGCCCGGGUUCGGCCUCCGAAUCACCCCUACCGAAGGCAACACCCUAGAAUUCUCCAUCCGAAACCAACUCACCACCACCCCCAGCGCGGUCCCCGCCGAAGAGGGACGCGGUCGUCGUCGAAACGACAAGGAUCGUGACCGUGACGGUAAGCACGAAAAUCGGGACAAACGGAAAGCCACCAAGCAUCUGCUUCAGCUGGGCGUCCCCAUCGUGCUGCUGCCCACGAUGCUGCUGGCCAGCGUGAUGCCGAUGAUGAUUCCGGUGCUCAAGUUUGCGACCUUUUUCACCAGUUUUGUGAAUCACGCGGCGUUGGCCGCGGCCGUCAUGUAUCUGGCCCGGCAGCACGCCCAGGAGCAGGAGGAAAAGCAGACGGUGUACUUUAACGCCGGGUACAAUAACUAGGAAGUCGUAUGUGGUGUGGAGGUGGUGGUGGUGGA